AUGCUUGAAGAGUCAAUAUUAUUAUUAAAAACAUUAAAUACUGAAAGUAUAAAUGAAGUUUUAAAAUUGUGUAAGACAGAAUAUUUGACAUAUAGAACAUUUCUUCAACAACAACUCAUUAAAAUGAAAGAGGCAUAUUUGAAGAAAAAUACCCAAAUAAAUUCUUUAAUUAAUGAACUUCAACAAGAAACACAAAAAUUUACUUCUGCUCUUCAGAAAUGUAAUAAUUCAAUAAUGACAGAAGAAGUUGGACUAUUUCCUGAUGAUGUUGCAAAAUUACGUGAUCAAAUAUUGGUUGAUUUAGAAAAUGUUGAUUAA